CAGAUGAGUGUGACCACAUCCUUAUGGUGGCCCGGGUGCACGCUGAUCAGGUACAUCUCACAGACAAUCAAAUGCCAGUAGGUGUGGCCGCGGUCCCCGAGGCUGACCCUAAUUGCAACUAUCAAACUGGUCAAGAUGGCCAACACUGCCAAGACCAAAUGCUACAGUGCCUCCUAGUGGGCAUGCAAAACACAGCCCAAAAGUCAGUGGCUGACAUUAGAAAGAAACUUAAAAAGGCUGAUGAAGGCCCCCAAACUCCCAUAUGAGACCUGGUAAACAUGGCAUUUGAAGUUUUUAAUGGCCAAGAGGAAAAGGCUGAGGCCACCUUCCAGGCCUGUCUACAACAAAAGGCUGGUCCACAGGAAGCAAUCCCAUUGCUUGAACUUCUCGGCCUUCUGGACGACUGACACAGCCCAGACUUGAAGACCCCCAUCACCCUUGCCGAACCCAGGGUAAUGCUGCAGGUAGCAGGUAAGUCCAUUUCCUUCUUAGUGGACAUGGGGGCUACCUAUUCUGUAUUGCCUUCCUACUCAGGACCUAGCAUACCUUCCCAGGUUUCAGUCAUGGAAAUUGACAGAAAGCCUUCCUGUCCUAAUCAAACCCAUCCUUUAGCCUGUGUCCUUGAGGGACACCCCUUUUCCCACUCUUUUUAAAUUAUACCCUCAUGCCCAGUCCCCCUUUUAGGUAGAGACAUUCUCCAGACUGUGGGGGCAACUCUCCAACUCACUGGCCCCCCACAUUCAAGCCCAUCAUCCGCCCACCUCCUACUGCCACUCCUAACCUACACCACACCCUGUCUUAACUCCUCAUCCCAACCCCCUAUCCCUCCUGACAUAGUUAAUCCCCUGGUAUGGGAUACCUCCAAGCCUGUAGUGGCCAAACAUCAUCCCCCGGUUAAGAUACUUCUAAAAAAUCCUACCCACUUUCCUUCAUGUCCUCAGUUCCCCAUCUCGAAGGCCCACCGUCAAGGCCUGAAGCCUAUAAUCACCCACCUGCUAGCCCAGGAACUACUUAUUCCCACCAGUUCCCCUUGUAACACUCCUAUCUUGCUGGUCCAAAAGCCGUCCGGCAGCUACCACCUGGUUCAGGACCUGUACCUUAUUAAUGAGCUGGUGGUACCCCUCCACCCUGUAGUCCCCAACCCAUAUACCCUAUUAUCAAACAUUCCCUCCACUACCUCUCAUUUUAUAGUUCUUGACCUCAAGGACUCCUUCUUUACCAUUCCCCUUCACCCUGCAUCCCACUUUCUCUUUGCCUUCACCUGGACUGAUCCUGACACCAACCUGUCACAACAGCUUACCUGGACAGUCCUGACCCAGGGGUUCUGAGACAGCCCUCACAUUUUUGGACAAGUCUUGACAGUCGAACUUGGCAGGCCGCCUUCAACCCAGUCUCCUUCUCCAGCACGUAGAUGGCCUGUUACUUUGUAGCUCCUCCCUCUCCCUAUCCCAACAGCAUACUGUCACUCUCCUUAACUUUCUCGGAUCUCAGGGAUACCGAGUAUCUCCCUCCAGAGCACAGUUAUCAGUCACCUCGGUGGUCUACUUGGGCAUUCGCCUCACCCCCAAAACUAAAAGCCUAAACACAGAUCACCGGAAGGCACUUCUUUCACCGCAGCCCCCGGAGAUUGCCGACCAGAUUCUCUCUUUUUUAGAAUUUGUAGAAUUCUUCUGCCACUGGAUACCUAACUUUGCCUCUCUAGCUAAACCUCUGUACAUGGUGGCUAAGGACACCCCCACGGGACCUCUCUCCCAUCCUGAGGUUGUAAAACAGGCUUUUAAAACCCUCCAAACUGCUCUAUCCACCACACCCAAACUUCAUCUGCUAGACCUCAAUUGCCCCUUUUAUCUGUUCACUGAUGAAAAACAGGGCAUUGUUGUCAGGGUUCUAACCCAACCCCUGGGUCCUGUGUUCAGCCCUGUAGCCUACCUAUCAAAGCAACUUGACCCCAUGGCCAGGGAGUGGCAGCCUUGCCUGGGGGCCCUGGGAGCAGCAACAGAACUUACCAAUGAAUCCCUAAAACUGACCCUGGGCCAGUCCAUCUCAGUGUUCUCUCCUCAAUGGCUUACCAACCUCCUCUCUCACACAUCCCUCAUUCACCCAGUGCCCUCUCAUCUACAGGAGUUCCACCUGCUCUUCAUUGAAAAUCCUUCAGUCAGCCUUCACCCUAUUUCCCCACUCAACCCAGCUACCCUGCUUCCUCUUCUGUCUCCUUCCCCUUCCCCAGCCCACUCCUGCCCUGAACUAGUGGAUGCACUUGCUAAACCUUGGGAGGGCCGAUCCGACCUUCCCCUGCCUAACCCAGACCUUACUUUCUAUGUGGAUGGAAGUUCAGUAAUAACAGCCAACGGGAGGCAAAAGGCAGCCUAUGCAGUAGUCACAGAUUCGCCACCCCCAAGGCACGUUGCAUCCCUGACGAAACCAUGUCACAAAAGGCAGAGCUCAUUGUCCUAACCCGAGCUCUCACCCUAGCACAGGGAAAGUGAGCAAAUAUGUAUACUGACUCACAAUAUGCUUUUUUUAUUACCCAUUGCCACUCUGCCCUCUGGAGAGAGCAGGGAUUCCUUACCAUAAAAGGGUCCCCCAUAAUCAAUGCUACACAGAUCUCCAAACUUUUCCAGGCCUUAUCAUUGCCCAGGGAGGUUGCAGUCAUACACUGCCGAGUAUGCCAUCUCCUGGGGCAAUGUGCACACAGACACAGCAGCAAGAUCUUUAACUAACGUCAAGUUGACCCCUACCCCUGUUCUCUUCCUUACCAUGGCCACACAGCCUGUAUAUUUACCAUCAGAAAAGCAGGCCCUUAUACAAAAGUGGGGAACAGAAUCUAAUCAGUUCUGGAUCUUCCUAAAUAACAGAAUCACCCUUCCUUGGGAACAGGCCCCUAAAAUUACUGCUGAAAUCCACCAAUCCUUACAUAUAGGGCCUAAGGCAUUACACUGCUUUGUACAGCCCCUCUUUUUCUCACCAGGUCUGCAACAAACAAUUGAGCAGGUGCACAAGGCAUGUGUUACUUGCUCUAAGGCCUCACCUCAGGGAGGCUUAAGGCCACAGUUUCCUACUCACCAACUGCAGGGCAACCUGCCAGCCCAAGACUGGCAAAUUGACUUCACUCAUAUGCCCACUCACAAAAAGCUCUGCUACCUCCUAACUUUUGUAGAUACCUUUUCAGGUUGGAUUGAAGCCUUCUCCACCUCCCGGGAGGCAGCAGACAUGGUGUCCUCCCUUCUUACUCAAGAAAUCAUCCCUUGCUUCAGCCUACCUGCCACCAUCCAGUCAGACAAUGGUCCAGCAUUUAUGGCCCAAGUAGUCCAGCUAGUUGCCAAGUCCCUCAACAUCUCCUGGAAACUACACAUCCCUUACCACCCUCAGUCAUUGGGUAAAGUUGAAUGGGCCCACGGCAUCCUCAAAGACCAUUUAGCCAAACUUGCUAUUGAGGUAAAAUCUCUUGGCCCACACUCCUACCUCUUACCCUGGCCCGGGUCCGGGCCACUCCAUGGGGGCCAACGGGCCUUAGUCCCUUUGACUUGCUGUAUGGCCAGCCUUUUCUGGUGUCUCAUAAUCUCCCUGUAAAACCCCCCAAACUGGCUUCCUACCUUCCCUUCCUCUCCCUUCUCCACCACUUGCUUAGGGAGCAUACGGACUGCACCCUCCCUGUUGUUCCGGGACUGGAGGACCCCCACUCAGCAACACCUCUCCAACCAGGUGACAGUGUUCUCCUCCAGGAGCUCAAACAAGAAUCUUUGCAGCCCAGGUGGUUGGGACUUCACAUUGUUAUCCUAACCACCCCCACAGUGGCCGAACUCCUGGGUCACACUCCGUGGUACCAUGUGUCCCACCUCAAGCUGGCACCCCAAAACAAUCAGUGGAAAUCCAAACCCCUGGGCCCCACUCACCUCCACCUCACCCAUUGCCCUGACCUGUCACCCCCUAAUCCUUCAGAGCCUCCUCCUGACAGUCCUUCUGAUAUCCCCUCUUGAAACCAGCUCAUACAUGUGGCACUUUUAUGUUCAAAAGUCAUGGGUAGAUGGUGUGUCCACCCACACUCAAUAUCUAGCACAGGGUGACUGCUCAACAACAGGCUGUCAGGCACCCACAACCAUCACCAUCCCAACCUCUAAAAGUGGUGUUCUUAAAGAAGCUCCACAUUAUCAGCUGGGUCUGUGCUUCCUCUAUGACCAGCUCCAUGACUACUGUCACUGUUGGAACACCACCUAUGGAGGAUGUCCCUAUUACUAAUGCAAAAUCCACAGGCCAUGACCCUCACCCUCUCCAGACAGUCUUCUGACCCUCUGGCCCAAUGGAACCCUUCAAUUCACAAUUCAGGACC